AGAGGGUGCUGAACAUAGCCUGGGAAUCCAGGGUAGGAGCCUAGGAGGAGACGAAACUACAGGCUACGGCUCACCAACUGUAAUUUAAACAAUAAGUCAGUGUCUGUUGUUACAAAAAGCGGAACGCCGUAUCAGGUCAGCACAUCUACGAGACAGAAGCAGCGUGCCGAGGCCAUGUACGAUGGGGCGAGGGUGCCUUCCCCCCAGGACAGCGCCAACGGGUUCCCCCAGCCGGGGGCGUCCACCGGCCGGCCCAAAUCCGACGAGGAAGAGCCCAAAGCGGAACCUGUGCUGGUUAAGAAGGCCCACAGAGAAAUCCUGGACCAUGAGCGCAAGAGGAGGGUGGAGCUGAAAUGCAUGGAGCUGCAGGAGAUGAUGGAGGAGCAAGGGUACUCUGAGGAGGAGAUCCGGCAGAAGGUGGGCACUUUUCGGCAGAUGCUGAUGGAGAAAGAGGGCGUGAUCACCAGGGAGGGCUCGCAUGUACGCCCAGUCGUUAACCAUUACUGCGAGGAGCAGGGGGAGGAACAGGCCGAAGCCGUUGGCUACGUAGCGGAAUGCGAUUGCUACGGCGACUGCUACGACAGGGACUCGGUCUGUCACAGUGAUUACAGAACAAAGAGGAAAUCGAGUAGUUCCCCUUCCCCCCCUCCAAAGAAGAGGAAGAAGAAAAGGUCUGGACGUCGACGGAGCCGGUUUGACAGCGCUUCCCCUUCCCGUAAAGAGAAGAAGAAGAAGAGUGGGAAGAAGCACAAACGAGACAGGUCUGCCUCGGGUGCCAGGAAGAAGAGGCGGUACAGAUCUGGGAGCCAAAAGAACAAACACAAAGAAAAGAACAAACAGAGAAAGAGGUCUCCUGCAGACUCCCCCAGCAGGCGGUCCCACCGCAGAGGAAGCUGCAGCUCCCGAAGCGCAUCACUCUCCUCCGCCGGGAGCCUGUCCAAAUCCCCCAGCAGGUCGGGUUUGAAGCACAGAGCAGACAGACACAAGGCCUGCCCCAGCCUGUCCAGCCGCAGCGUGUCCCGUUCGCCCGCCCGCGCCGCCAGCCCCUCCGCCGUGUGGCAGAACGGUUACCGUGACGGCCCCAGGAACGGCCGGGACGGCGGAGAGAAACCGCAGGAUACACUGAGGUCAUUCGCGGGCUCCGGGGGAGCUCGGACAUCGCUCUCUCCCCACCCGAAAGGGGCCAAGGCCCAGGACGCUGUCGGCUCGAGCCCCGGCCGCCUGUCUGUACAUCCGGGGGUCACCACUAUAUCCGGGGAUGACUAUCACCAGGGAGCAAGGCGGUCGCCCUCGCCAUCCUCCACCAAUCGCAGGAGCCGCCAGAGAGCACCGGGGAGGGGCUCCCGUUCCCCCGCCCACAGCAGCGACUCCACCCGCUCCCAGCACAAUCUCCCACCGAAUAAGAGGAAUAAGAGCUCGCAGCAGAAGAAGACGAGAGGAGCCCGCUCCUCCAAGAGGCGCCACCAUAAUCGGACGCAGGCACGCCACCGGAGCUCAUCAGCAUCGCCAUCGCGGCGUGGGCGCCGGACUUCAGGCAGAAAGAAGAGCUCCUCCCACAGCCUCCGCCAGCGCAGCAGCUCCUGGAGCAGUGGGCGCUCGGGCUCUCGAUCGCAUUCACGGGAACACGGCAGCAAGGCCAAGUCCCCCCACUCCCGUCAGAACCAAUCCAGGGAGAAAGACAGCGCCCACCACACAGACUCCGAGGGCCGGGCCCGCCGGCGCUCCAGGAGCUACUCUCCCAUCCGGAAGAGGAGGCGCGACUCCCCCAGCUUCAUGGAGGCACGGAGGAUCACAAGCGCCCGUAAGAGGCCCAUCCCCUACUACAGGCCCAGCCCCUCCUCCAGCUCUCUGAGCAGCCACUCAGCUUCCAGCCCCAGCCGCAGCUACGACAGCUACAGCAGCUACAGCCGCAGCCCCAGCCGGACCCGGAGCCGGAGCAGGAGCAGGAGCGUUAGCCGGAGCGUUAGCCGGAGCGCGAGUCGCAGCAGGAGCGUCAGCCGCAAUGACAGCUACUACAGCCGCAGCAGCUCCGAGAGCCCAGGCUUCUGAACGACCCCCUGCCCCUGCCCCACCCGUGCCCCUCCCUGGCCACGGCCACGGCUUUCCCCCACCCCCACUCUGGCCCCAGAUCACAUUUCCCCAGUGUGACGAGUUCAGUCUCCAGUGCUCCCUCCUGGAACCCUCUUAGAACGGCUCUGUUGAACAGCCAAGCCUGAGGUUGAAUGACAAAAACCUUCAUCAUAUGAAAAUGCAUUUACUAACAUUUAACUGAUUCUUUGGUAACCACACUGCACGCAGUGCAAUUUUGCCCUUGUUUUAGUCCGUAAGUUUAAAAUUUAACAGGCGUGGCAGCUGCAGCUGAGGCCUAAAAUCACACUGGUCAGCUGCAUUGUUCAGGUCCCUUUGUCUCAGUGGAACCAAGUAAACAACAGCAGAGGAUUCAGUGGGACACUGGUCAGGGACGGAACCCCAGUAAUCCUGGACACACCCAAAGGAAGCCAGUAUCAACAGGAAGGUGUCAAACAACCAAAAGGGUUAUCCACGGACUCCACUGAAGUUCAACUGUCGACCAGCCACUCUCCUGUUCUGUAAUCUAGAAAAUAGCAACUGAGAAAAAAUGCUAACUGGGAAUCACCAAAAAACACCUUAUCUUUAUGUUUUCAAAAAUGAG